UUUCCCAUUUAUUGUCAGUAUGACAUCACUGUAUGUCCUUAUUGUUCUGUUUUGAUUGACAGAUCUCUCCUAUGAGAAAGCCACCAGUAAGACUGUCCUCGUAGGAGAGAAUGUGACCAUCGGCUGUAGCUAUCCAAACUCCCACAGGAGUGAUCCCAAGUUUUUCUGCAAGAUGUUGCACAGUGGUGUUUGUACUUAUAAAACAUCGGUUAAAGAAAGUAGAACAGCUGUAAGAGAGGAGAAAAUCUCUCUGAACGAUGACAGAGCAAAGCAAGUGUUCACUGUGAGCAUAAUGCAUGUGACCGAGCGGGACUCGGGGGAAUAUUGGUGUGGAGUUGAAGCAGGGGAAUCUGAAGAUGGAUACAAGGUCUACAUCAUGCGCAUCGACAUGACGUUCACCGAUCCAAAUGUUAGAGUUUCACAACGACCUUCAUCCUUGUCAUCAUCAUCAACAAGCACGCAUCGAAUUCCCACAAAUUCAAGCAAAUCUUCAACAUCUCAUCCUGUACCAACUUCUCUUCUGACUGGAUCUCCAGUUUUCAUCACUGUUUCUGUCAUUCUGGCCGUGCUUCUGGUUCUUCUGAUCGCAUUCCUCACUGGGAUUUUCUGGAGGAGGAUGGAUCCUAUUCUCUCAGUUCCAAGAACCAUCCAUGAGGUUCCCUCUGCUGACAUCAGACGCCUUUCUAACACCCUUUACUCCACUGAUCAUUUACCCACAAUCCCUGCUGAUUCUUCACAUGCUGUUUACGCUAACAUUGGAUUACCCACAAUUCCCACAGAUGCUGUUUAUGCUACAACACAACUGCCAUCAGAUGGUCCUGAUCAGUAUGUCUGUUCCACGACUUAGUUACCCAAAAU